UUCCUUGUUAAAAAGACCCAGGUAGUUUCGGUAUUUAUAGGGACAUCUUCCGGGUUGGCUGAUUCAGUCAGUCAUAAGUUUGAUCUGUUUCGUCUGUGCGGGUUAUUAUUGACUAUCUAUUGGGACAUAUCAUUAUAGGCCAACCUUAAAUUGUGCCUCUCAUAGGACAUGAUGGCUUUCUUGGCGAGUAACAUCGCAGUCAUUAUCAUUGUUGGGCUGAUUGGGUGUGUCAAGGUAGGGGAGGCAGUCAAUCCUGGCUUAAAAGUGAGAAUCACCCAAGUUGGACUUAACUUUGCUGAGAAGUCACUUGUAGACAACUUAGGUCGCAAGAUCGCAGGGACCCAUAUCGAUGACCAGCAUGGGACGGCAGACGUCGGAAUUGGGAAGAUCGAUUAUGAUAUUACGAAUCUCCAGAUAACAGCAUUCAAUCGCCCCCAGUCUCAUAUGUCAGUGUUACCCGGAAGUGGACUGGGGUGGCGGACAUCUGGGGGGCACAUUCAACUUCAUGGAGACUGGAGAUACAAAAGUCGCGGAUGGAUUAAAAUCAGCGACCAUGGUUCGUUCGACAUUUCAGUUGAUGGUAUUGACUUCCAGCUGGCUGUUGGUCUUGGUAAAGAUUUCAACGGCAGACCAAGCAUUGCCGUGAGGCAGUGCAAUGCCGGUCUUGGAAGCGUCCGUGUCACACUCCACGGAGGCGCCAGUUGGCUGUACAAUCUGUUCCGUGGCUCCAUUGAACGUCCCAUUAAGGAAAAAGUUAGCAGCUUGCUCUGUCCCGCCGCGAGAAAGGAAAUCGACAACAACGCAGAGAGACAUUUAGCAAACUUAAAAGUGACCACCAAAGUCGGUAAUGACCUUGAACUAGACUACCGCUUGAUUCAGCCGCCACAGUUUCAUACUGGUUAUGUGGAGUCCUUUCACAAGGGAUUAUUGAGGUGGACCACUGAUAAGACUGACCCGCCCGUGGAGGCGCCGGACAUGCCGGAAAUAGCGAGCAGUACCCGGAUGGUGUACGUCCAGAUGUCGGAGUACGUCAUGAACACGGCUGGAUACGUAUUACACAAACAUGGCCUGCUGAGAUAUUACCUGACUAGUAUAGACGUUCCUGAAGAUCAGCGCCACUACUUCAAAACCAGUUGUGAGGGAGAGAAAACUUGCAUGGGAAGAAUAGUGCCCCAGGUCGGCGAAAAGUUCCCCAACUGCACCGUAUCUAUGGACCUGCGGACCACGGAGCCCCCAACCCUCUCUGUGACGGCUGGGAAAAUCUCGGGACACUUUCGAGGAGAUAUGCGGUUUUAUGUGAAGCACCCGGAGCAGCCGAAAAACAUUUACGUGUUCACAGCUUUGUCGACGCUGAAUGUAUCUCUGAAUAUAUCUGUGCGCGGAGACAAUCUUGCGGCCAAUGUGGGGCCUUCACGGAUACAGUUCGAUGUUAAAGACAGCACUAUCGGCCCGAUAACGGUAUGUCAACGUGUAUUCCCUCUAGUAGCCUAA